UGCUUUGCAUCCGCUGUUCCUCUGCUCUCAUCAGCAUUCCUGGCAGCAAUCUCAUCAGCUUCCUGGCAGCAAUCUCAUCAGCAUUCCUGGCAGCAAUCCCAUCAGCUUUACUCAGCUGCAGCUUUGGCCACUGAGGGACGCCCCCACACCUGGAUGUCAUCAGAUUCUCAGCUCACACGGCCCCCCAUUCACCAUGCUCCAAAACAUGGCUUCACUCUCUCCUUCCUGUUCUCUCCAACUCUGUGUGCAAAAUCCCACCUCUUCAUGAAUAUACAAAUAUCUAUG